CAGCUACACUCGGCCAGUCUAGCGGCUUGUAUUCGUCUUUACCUGCGGUCACCUGCAGUAGGAGGCUGUGGCAUGAUGUGGGAGGCUGUGGGGAAGGCUGCUGUGGCUGUGGUCGCCGCCAGGGUGCUGUGGUCAGUAAUUAAAGGGAUAUAUGGAUGUUUUUUCGCAUCUCUUCUCGGUCUAAAUGUGAACUUGAAGAAAUUAGGAGACUGGGCAGUUGUGACGGGAGCGACAGAUGGAAUUGGUAAAGCUUAUGUCUUUGAGCUGGCCAGGCGAGGCUUCAACAUUGUGUUGAUCAGCAGGACUCCCUACAAACUUCAAAAUGUUGCAGCUGAAGUCAGCACCAAGUACAAGACAGAGACUCGUAUAAUUGAUGUCGACUUCACGAAAACAGACAUUUACGAGAGGCUGGAACGAGAAUUACGUGACCUGGACAUCGGCGUGCUCGUAAACAAUGUUGGAAUGAGCUAUGAUUUUCCCGAGUACUUCCUGCAGCUGGAGGGGUGUGCCAGAAUGUGCGAAAACCUCAUUAACUGCAACAUUCGCUCGCUGACGGAAAUGACGAGGAUUGUUUUGCCAGGAAUGAUAGAGAGAGGGAGAGGUCUUGUGCUGAACCUCUCCUCUCUCUCUUCUACCAUUCCUGCCCCAUUCCUGGCUGUGUAUGGGGCGUCUAAGUCGUACGUGCGCAGCUUCAGCGAGAGCAUCUGCGAGGAGGUGGCCGAACGAGGCGUAACUGUUCAGUGCCUCGUUCCUGGAUUUGUCGUAUCGAACAUGUCAAGAAUCCGUAGGCCUACCCUAAUGGUUCCCUCAGCCACUGCAUACGUCCGGGCCUCCCUCCGCACAGCUGGGGUGGAGAAACAAACAGCUGGUUAUUUCAUGCAUAAGAUUCAGACGUACUUCAUUGAGGUAGCCCGCAGUUACUUGCCAGGCUGCUUCCUCACCUACAUUGUGGUUAAACAGCUGAAAGGAUUCCGAGCAAGGGCACACAAGAAGAAAAUGGCCGCCAAGAGUGACUAAGAGAGAGAGAGAGAGAGUGUGUGUGAAGGUUGUGUGUGUGUGUGUGUGUUUUUUUAUUAGUUUGUUUUUUAUUGUGAGAGAGAGAGAGAGAGAGAGAGAGAGAGAGAGAGAGAGAGAGAGAGAGAGAGAGAGAGAGAGAGGGUUUCCAGGCACAAGGUAACAUGAACAAACAAACAAAUAAACAGAUAUUCAUUAGAUUAUUCAUUCAUAUACUUAAUACUGUGUGUGUGUGUGUGUGUGUGUGUGUGUGUGUGUGUGUGUGUGUGUGUGUGUGUGUGUGUGUGUGUGUGUGUUAGCUUGUUAAGAUUCGCACAUUCCUUCUUGUUUGUGUUCCAAUUAUUUUUAUUAUUAUUAUUAUUAUUAUUAUUAUUAUUAUUAUUAUUAUUAUUCAGGUUGUUUUUUAUUAAUUGUGUGUUUUUUUUAGUUAAUUAAGAUUGUUGUUGUUGUUGUUGUUGUUGUUUUUCUUCUUCUUCUUCUUCUUCUUCUUCUUUUCUUUUCUUUUCUUUUCUUUUCUUCUUCUUCUUCUUCUUCUUCUUCUUCUUCUUCUUCUUCUUCUUCUUAUUAUUAUUAUUAUUAUUAUUAUUAUUAUUAUUAUUAUUAUUAUUAUUAUUAUUAUUAUUAUUAUUAUUAUUAUUAUUCAGGUUAAUUAUAUUUUAUUAAUUCUUUUUCUUCUUGUUCUUGUUCUUCUUCUUAUUCUUAUUCUUAUUAUUAUGGUUGUGUUUCCUUGUUUUCAUAUUCUCUUUCUUCAUUUUCCUUGUUCCUUUUUUCUCCUCCUCCUCCUCCUCCUCCUCCUCCUCCUCUUCUUCUUCUUCUUCUUUAUUAUUAUCAUUAUUAUCAUCAUUUUUUUCCUUCUUUCUUUCUUAAUAUAUAAAUAAAAUACUAAUUAUUAAUCUAGAUAAUUAAUUUCUAUACCUGCAAUUAUUAUUAUUAUUAUUAUUAUUAUUAUUAUUAUUAUUAUUAUAACAGUAGCUGUCUAGAGUAUUUAACCCUUUCAUUGUAUUAUUAAUUGUUGUAAUUAUUGUAUUUGAUAAUAAAAUGCAUCUUGUA